UGGCACGGGCUUAGAAGAUCUGGGGAGCAUGGAGGUCGGCGGCGAUUCUCAGGCCAGCUCGAGCUGUUCGUCGCCCAUUGGGGGCUGCUCCGGGGUCUCCGUGUCCAGGGAGCUGCUAUCAGCGGGGAGCGACGACCGCGGAGGUAUAUGGGACAAGUUGCUCAUCAACUCCCAGCCUAGUUCCAGAAGAACCUCCACCCUUCAAACAGUUCGGAUAGAGAGGAGUCCCUUAUUGGACCAAGUACAGAUGUUUCUCCCACAGAUGGCACAGGCAAAUGAAAAGCUAAGAAAAGAAAUGGCAUCUGCACCACCUGAUCAUUUCAAUAUUGAAAAUAUUGAUGUGACUCUUGGAGAAGUUAUACAAAUGGAUGUGGCCUUGUUUGAAAUGAAUCAGUCAGAUUCAAAAGAAGAAGAGGGGUCACCAGAUCGUUCAGAGAACACUUCAGAAUCUGAAGAUGAAGAUGACAGCCUCUCUCAUGAAAUAACUGUAGACAACAUUAAGCUUCCUAAUUCUGAUGGUGGAAAAGGCAAGAUUGAAGUUUUGGACAGUCCGGCAAGUAAAAGAAAGAAGCAGUGAAAUAAAUUAUCUGAGAAGAAACAGGUGACAUAUGCCUGUGAGUUCUGUGAAAAAGAACAUGGUUCACUGUUUUACAUUUCAGGUAUCUAUGGUGCUUCUUAUGUGUUAUAAUAGAAAAAGUUUAGAUAAAUUUAACAGCUUAUUUGAGCAGAUAAGAAUUUACGAGUCAGGCAGCACUUUAAACUGAAAGGGGUUCAGAGGCCUCUGCUCUGCAGUGUGGACAGUGUGUUUUUAUAGGCUGAGCAUGGAAGUACAGAAAUAACUUGAUCGAUUACAGCGCAUUGGCCUUAUUUGGGAUGGUCCCAUCACUUGGCUGCCUGUGAUUGGCUUGAAGCUCAGCAGUUUGUGUUUGGCUAAAUCUCAGCUGUUAAAAAUACUCUCCCAAGUUAGGUUUUGGUGUGUUUAUCUACUGAGUUAGGUGUUGCUAAGUAAUGGCCUCCUGUUUAUUUAAUUUAGCAAUUCCCCUCUUUUGGUCAACCCCUUGAUCUUGAGAGAGUGACCCACUCUCUGGCCAUUGAUGCCCCUCUCUCUCACUAGCAUUCUGUUUGUGUGCAAUGAAGGCAGACAUCUUGGGGUAAAGAAUUUCUUGGUCUAGGACCUCUUAGUUGUGGUUUAAAAUAAGGGGGAGGAGGUUUCCUCUGGUCUUUGGUAAAUAAUGUUUCUCAAUGGGCCCUAUAAUCUGAAACUAGUUCAUCCUUUUUUUUUUUUUUUCCUACAAGAACAUAUGAGGGACCAAUCAGUGUUUUGUGGAAAAAUCUGAGGAAUUGAAUUUAAAAAGUUUUCACCAAUUUUUCUAACCCCCUUUGGCUUAUUUGAGGAAGUUUGGGAAAAGUCUUUAAUAUGCUCAUCAGGCGUUUCCCAUUCUGUUGUUACUUUUCAUUUUCAAGCUUCACUACUCCCUGAUAUCAUAUCAAUACAUUGGUUAGGGAGUCUUAGAUUGUAAGCUCCCACGAGUAUUCUAAAUUCUUUAAUAAAUGUGUGAGGAUUUCCCCUUGGGCUAGAGAAGUUUUUUACCGUGGCUGUAAACUCAAUUUUUUACCAUGGAGUAGAGAAAAACAGCCUGGUUUUACUUAUAGUUUAUUAUGAAGUCAAAUUUAUUUGUUACCUUCAAAAUCGGUUCAAUGAAAAAUAAAUCUUUGUAAGAGAAAAAGUGUUUUACAAAGAAAAUAAAAGAAUUACUUAUGUUUGAACCUUGAACAAUGUGGGUAAUAGGCCCCGACCUCCUGUGCAAUAAGAAUCUUAUGUAAGUUUUGACUCGUGAAAAACUAAUUACUGGUAGCUUACUCUUAACUGGAAGCCUUACUGAUAACAAACAAUUAGUUAACACUUAUUUUGUGUAUUACAUGUAUUAUAUACUGUAUUUUUUUCAAUAAAAAUAAAGUGGGCUCUCAAAAAUUAGUAAAAAAUGACUAAUAUCUAAACAGUGGAUAGCCUAUCAGCCUUCAUAAGAAAAACAGCUUAACCCCAUUUAUCAAAAUAAUGCAAAUGAAAUGAAGAUUGGAUUCUAUACCUACCAAAUUGGCAAAUAAAACAAUAGCUGGUAUUUGCUGAGCCUUUUCUUUGUGUGAGUCACUAUUCUAAAAGUUAUCUCCGCUCAUGCCUGUGUGUUCAUGGAGUCGUAAAUAUAACAUUUUAUGUGUAUUACACUUUUAUCAAAAAGUCGUUUUGUUUGUAAGUAGUUUGCCCUCCAGUCUGUGGAGCACAGUCAUUAUUGUGCGUUAGUUAGUUCAGCCCUUGCUUCUUCUCAUGCUUAUGUGUGCUGUGAUGGCAGCUAUUUGGAGGACAGUUUUGCUUUUCCUAGAAUUACUGAAACGUACUGAAACGUUGUCUUCAAACUUAUUGAGUACCAUUUUUCCAUGACAGUUAUAAAUUAGCAAAUUAGGUAUAAUUGUUUCUGAAGCAAAAAUUUCACUCUGAGUGAAUCUCCUGUCUAUUUCUAUAAAACGUUAAUUGUGCAUCAAAUACAUUUAUUUUUAAAACCACCUUGCGGAGUAGUUUGUGUUAUUGGCCUCUAUCCACUAUUAUGGUAAGAAAGACAAGGAAAGAGUGUGAGUCCUCCUUUCACUGUAUUCCCCUCAGUGCCUAACAUUGUGCCUUUCACUUGGUUUCAAUAUACAAUAAAUGUUCAUUAAAUUG